AUGUCUUCAUUCCGAGAGCUAUUGGAAAGUACCCAGCGACCUUUCCUAGGACCAAAUUACUGGUUACUAAAGCACGUUGGAUUAAUAUUGCCUGAUACUCAGCGGCUAAAGAUAGUUUAUAUAAUGCUACACGAGGUCCUCACUUUUUUCACAAUUACGCAAUACAUGGAGCUCUUUGUAAUAUGGCCAGAUGUGAAUCUCAUGAUAACUAGCUUGAAAAUUUCGAUGUUAAGUGUGGUUUGUAUCGUCAAAGUUAAUACGUUCAUAAUAUGGCAAACAAGUUGGCGACAAAUCCUGAACUAUGUCACAGAAUCCGAUAAAUUUGAAAGAACUAAUGAAGAUCUAGUUAUGGUAGGCAUUAUAAACACUUACACAAAAUAUAGCCGCCGCAUAACAUACUUCUACUGGGCACUGACUUUCACAACCUUUUUUACUACAGUGACAACACCUUUGAUCAUAUAUGUUUCUUCUUCAACAUUUCGAGAGAAUUUGCGUAAUGGAACUGAAAAUUUUCCGCAUAUAUUUGUGGCCUAUAUGCCGAUUGAUAAAUACCACUCACCUGGAUGUUGGAUUACUGUCCUUUGGCAUGUAAUUAUGUGUGCUUAUGGAGCUGGUAUAAUGGCAGCUUAUGACACAUGUGUAGUGGUAGUAAUGGUGUUUUUCGGAGGAAAACUUGAUCUGAUGCGGGAAAGAUGCAAGCAAAUGUUUGACAGUUUUGAAAAGGAUGCGAUUAGUGACCAUCAACACAACGAGAUUGUGGCACAACUAAGUGAGAUGCAUACUAGAUUUAUUAAAUAUUCGAGGUUAUUUAACAGUAAGAUAUCUCCUGUCAUGUUUUUGUAUGUCGUGGUGUGGGCUGUCAUGCUUUGCGCGAGCGCAUUUCAACUUUCUCUAGCUACAAAUACAGGUCAGAAACUAUUGAUGGUUGAGUAUAUAAUAUUUGGAAUAACACAACUAUUCAUGUUCUGUUGGCACAGCAACGAAGUCAUGGCCAAACAUGAAAACCUUAUAAUGGGACCUUAUGAAAGUAAGUGGUGGGCUGCGAGCUAUAGACAAAGAAAAACCGCAUUGAUUCUAUCUGGACAACUUUGUACCAAGAACAUCUUCACUGCAGGUCCUUUCGCCGAUCUUACUCUGUCGACGUUUGUUAAUAUACUAAAAGGAGCAUACAGCUACUACACAUUGAUAAGGAAUUAA